AUGCCUCCUCGCAACGUCUGUCGCCAUACGGCAACAUGCUAUGAAACCUCACCAUAUGCACCCGAAGCUGGAUACGUGCAACCAAGUCGAAAAAGUCGGGCAGACGCCGCAAGGCCUGCAAAGACAAAAGAUCGAACGUCAGCAGCUAAGCUUCCAGAUCACAGCAUCUUUCCUCCACCGCUGGUUCCGCCUGGCGAUGAUCUAGCAUUAGAUCCCGAAUAUCCACCGCAAUCCUUUCAGGAUUGGCUGGAAGAUGAGGACCGUAAUGAAAUCACUCCUGACAGGAAAGCAAUCUACAUUCUGGCUCCGCCAGAAAUCGGGGAGGAUAUUGCGUUCAUGCAAGGCUGGACGGCUCCUAGAAUGCAACAGGGACAGCUGCGGUUGAACGAACCUUCUGCUGAAGAUAUUGUAGAAUAUCUAGCAGCGUUCUACCAUGGCCUUCCCGUUAAACUGCUUGAGAUCCCUGAUUUUCGGUUCGUUGCCUGGGAGGAGCAGAAAUCAAAAACUGUACCUCGUCUCGUCGGCCUGGCUGUCUCGGACGAGUGCACUGGGAUUCGCACACGGCCGUGUCCAGAUAGACUCUAUCCUCGUCAACUUAACCUUGACGAUCUUCUGGAUGUGGCGAUAAGCCUGCUUCCCCAGGAUGCAUAUGCCCUAUGUCUCUUGGUGAACCAUGAUUUGUAUGAGGACAAGGACGACACAUUUGUUUGCGGUCGUGCAUACGGGGGUAGUCGUGUCGCUGUGGUCUCCAGCGCUAGAUACUGUCCGGCCCUCGAUGAUGUCCAGUCGGUGGAGAGGGGGCACGCCUGGCCCGCAUCCCAUUGUAUGGAUUAUGUCCAGAGCGUCUGUGCCGCGGGUAGCACUGCGAAAAAGCAGAAAACGAUAAAGAAGCACGGGGAUAACACCACCACUCCGCUGAGAGCAUCCAUGCUCACAGUCCGUCCUCGUCUGAACGACUCAUCGAACCUUUCGUUAUUAUGGCUUGCUCGAAUGUGCCGUACGGCGAGCCACGAGCUAGGUCACUGUUUUGGGAUCGACCACUGCGUUUACUACGCGUGCAUCAUGCAAGGAAGUGCUUCUCUCUCUGAGGAUGCAAGACAGCCUCCGUAUCUGUGCCCGGUUGAUCUUGCGAAGCUCCUACACGCGACAGGAGCCACAGUUAGAGAACAAUACAUGGAACUCAUCCGCUAUUGCUCGAAUGGCCAAAGGCGAAACGAGUCUUUCUUUGAUGCUUUCGCGACCUGGAUGAGAUCAACCCUUAACACCAUGCCGGGUUGA